UGCUAACUCAGUUCUCAAGCCGCGUUCAUUCUCUCCUUCCCAUAUGCGGCUUUGUUGGGAAUUUAAACCAACAACCGGCUUCUUCCUGAUUCUUCAACAUCGACCGACAGAAACUACAAUGGAUGGCUGGGAUUCCUACGAGUCUCCGGGCUCACGGAUCCGGAGCUCGAGCGCUGACAAUACCACACCUAAAGACAGCAUGGCGGCCAAUCUCGGACUCGGGAAUGGGGACCUUGUGAGCAAUCUCUUGCGCGGGUUGGGCGCAGCUGCCGGUGCAAGACUCUCUCCAACCAUCUUUCGCUGGAUGGCCCGCCAUCCCAAACUUACUAGCAUCGCGCAAUACUUCGGUGUCGUCUGGUUUCUGUCGACCUUCGUGCUCUCUAACAUGCACCAUGUGUGGACAUGGCUCAUGUCAUAUGCAAUGGUAUCCGUUACUAUUUCAAAAGACGACUCGGAGCUCUACUGCAGAGUUAGGACUUGGAUCUUGACAAACAAAUGGCUCAAGCCUCGUCGAUCACUGCAUGCCCUGUCCAUGAAUCAUGCCAUGAACAGAAACUACGCGAACAUCCGGGAUGAAGACGGCAUGAAAGUCAUCUACAAGAGCAACGCAAAAAUCCAGUUCUUCAAACAUGGCAACAAAUGGUUCCUCUACACUGAAGAAGACUCGGACACCAUCACACUCUGGUGCUUGGGAUUCUCGACUAAGAGGAUACAGGACCUUCUGGCUGAGAUUCAGAAUGGCGAAGAUCGGUUGGAGUACACUGAAAUAUACGGAGUGGCAACCUGCCGCUUAGCCACUGCCGAGUGCGACAAGCAUGGAAGAACACUGUAUCGAGAGGCAUGUGAGUGGGAGUUACGCUCGAACACUCCGCGCAGAACACUCGAGAGUGUAUGCCUAAAUGCGCAGGUCAAGGAGAAGCUAACGAAAGAUAUUGCCCGAUACCUCGACCCCAAUUCUGCCCAGUGGUACGCCCAACGAGGAAUUCCCUACCGACGAGGUUACCUGCUUUUUGGAAAGCCUGGUUGUGGCAAAACCUCUUUUGCAAUGGCCGUUGCAGGUCAAUUCGGCCUCAAUGUCUACGCACUUUCCCUCCUGGACAAGGGUCUGACUGACACCGAACUUGCAAAUCUGUUCCUCACCCUUCAGCCGAAAAGCUUGGUGCUUCUGGAGGAUAUCGAUUCUGCUGGGAUUGGACGAGAAUGCGCGAAGAAAGAUGAUCAAUCAAACAAAGACGGUGCACGGAAAGCCACUGGGCAUGCGUACAAUAGCGGCAUGCCCGACGCCGCAGCAAGUGGAUCAGGAACGAGCAGUGACACCAGCAAGAAAACCACCACUGAAAUCCCCAUGCAGAGCCGGUCGCAAGUUACACUAGCAGGGCUUCUCAACGCAAUCGAUGGUGUGGCCUCACCAGAAGGUCACAUCCUCAUUCUAAGCACCAAUCAUCCAGAAAAUUUGGACCCGGCACUCAUUCGGCCAGGCCGCGUCGACCUCCAUGUCGAAUUUGAAUUUGCGAGCAAGGAACAGAUCCAUGACAUGUUCAUCAGAAUGUACACACCGUACGGGUCCGUCACGACUCCCGAGUAUGACAUCAGCACGCUCCCAGCGCUUGCCGACCAAUUCUCUGACAUUGUCCCGGCUGGAAUGUUUUCGCCGGCCGAGAUACAACAGCACCUCUUGAUGCACACUCGGGACCCCAACGAAGCUAUUGCUCGUGGUUCCGAGAUGAUCGAACGGAAGGAGAAGAGCAACUACAGCGGUGCUAAGGGUGCAUCUUUGGGAAGCAAUGGCGUCCCCGUACCAGAGACUCAGCCUGUACAAGCGCGUUUGGAGAAAUCUCGUGCUUCCUGAAGGAGGAGGAGCAUGUAGCUGGAUGUAGUGGAGUCCUACAGAGGCUGGAGACGCAGCAGGGGGCU